AUGAUCGCUUUGAAGUUUCCUUUGAAUCGGAUUGAUAAUGAAUGCAUGAAGUGGAAACAUGGAUGUGUUGCUUUAAUUAGUUGCAAUAAGCCGAUCUUUGUAAUCUCACAAUAUAAUAUUAUUAAUCAUCAACGAAUUUCUAAGAUUUGGGAAAUCAGCAAAGGAUUUGAUAAGUUAGAGACAAAUGCAUUGGUUGCUCAUUGGUUGGAUGAUACACCAGAAAAUAUCGCUGUUGAAACAGGUAUAAAUGGUGUUGAUCCACGUUAUGGCUUUCCACGCACGUGUGAUGUCUCUAGAGCAAGUACUAUUAAUAGCAUCAAUUAUAUUGACAGCACAAAGUUAUCGAACAUUACUUUUCAUCAAAAUGGAGAGAAAGUUGCUACUGAAGUGCAUGGAAGUUGUUAUACAGCUGAAAUUUCCUUUGAAAUUCAUAGCAAAAGAUGUCCAUGGUGUGAACACCUGGAUACAACAAUUUUGCCUAAUUUAGAAACGGUCUCCAAUUUUGCCUCGUGGAUAUGUGAAAAUGUUGUUUUAUUUAUCAUAUUCGCCGUCAUGCUGACCAUCAUAGCCAUCUUCAUUGGAUAUACAAUUUGGUAUUGCAAGCCACUGUUUUUCAAAGCUAACGAGAGUUCUAGCGAAACUGAAAUUACUGAUAAUGGUGCAGAUAUUAAAAAAAAAACGUUGAAUACCCAAAGGGUAGAAUCUUUAUGCGACCAAGAAAGCGAUGGUUAUACAAAUAUUAACAUCAGUCCACAGUGUCAGUCGCAGUGGAUAAGGAAUAUUAUCAGAAUUCAACCACCACCAAUAAAUCUUCAACAACAACGAUGUAAUAAAGAAAAAAGGAAAUUCCCGAUGACUGCAGUAGAAACAUGGAAAACUUCCUCAUCAGGUUAUAGUUCAUCCAGACAAGCGGGUCGAAUAUCACAACAUAAAAAUUCGGUGGCAUUCCUUCACACUCGUAUGCAUCUAUCUCCGAAUUCUUCAUUGGGUUGUCGAACCGAAGAAAGUGAUACUAUUUAUUUCUCUUAG